AUGAGCCCCGCGGUCGCCGUCCCCGCCGGCAGGAUGCUGCUCGCCCUGGCCCUGGCCUGCGCCAGCCCCUUCCUGGAGCCGCCGGCGGCGCCGCGCCGCACGCUCAACGUGGCCGUCAUCCUCAGCGGGGCCUCCUACGGCCCCGCCGGGCCCCGCCUGGCGCCCGGAACCUUCCAGAACUUCUCCCUGGAGGUGAACCCGGUGGGGGUGGUGCUGAACGACACCAACCCGCGCAGCCUGAUCGUGCGCCUGUGCGACGUGCUGUCCUCGCUGCGCAUCCACGGCGUCGUCUUCGAGGACGACACGCGCUCCGAGGCCGUGGCGCAGAUCCUCGACUUCAUCUCGGCCCAGACCUCCGUGCCCAUCAUCGGCGUCAACGGCGGCUCCGCCAUCGUCCUCACGCCCAAGGAGAAGGGCUCCACCUUCCUGCAGCUGGGCUCCUCCACCGAGCAGCAGCUCCAGGUGAUCUUCGAGGUGCUGGAGGAGUACGACUGGACGUCCUUCGCCGUGGUCACCACGCUGCUGCCCGGCUACGAGGACUUCGUGGACUACGUGGAGGUGCUGACCGACAGCAGCUUCAUCGGCUGGGAGCACCGCGGCGUGGUCACCCUGAACCUGACCGACGACCCCGAGGGCGCGCGGACGCGCCGGCGGCUGCGCGAGGUGACGGCGCAGAUCCGGCUGCUCUACUGCUCGCGCGACGAGGCCGAGGCCGUGUUCCGCGCCGCGCGCGACGCCGGCCUGGCCGGGCCCGGCUACGUCUGGUUCGUGGUGGGCACCAACCUGGGGGGCAGCGAGCAGCUGCCCGAGCACGUCCCCGCCGGGCUGUUCGCCGUGCUGUCGGCCGGCUGGCGCGACGACCUGCAGCACCGCGUGCGCAACGGCGUGGCCAUCGUGGCCAAGGGCGCCGAGGCGCUGCUGCGCGACUACGGCUUCAUCCCCGAGUUCAACAACGACUGCCGCGCGCCCAACGUCAGCCAGAUCAACGACAACCUGCACAGGUACUUCAUGAACAUCACGUGGGGACAGAAGGAUUUCUCCUUCAACGAGGACGGGUACCUGGUGAACCCCUCGCUGGUCGUCAUCUCCCUCAACAAGGAGCGCAGCUGGGAGGUGGUGGGCAGCUGGGAGCAGCAGGUGCUGAGGCUCAAGUACCCGGUGUGGUCACGCUACGGGCGGUUCCUGCAGCCGGUGGAGGACGGGCGGCACCUGACGGUGGCCACGCUGGAGGAACGUCCCUUUGUCAUCGUGGAGAACAUCGACCCCGCCACCGGCACCUGCAUCCGCGACUCGGUGCCCUGCCGGCGCCAGCUCAACCGCACCGCCAGGUGAGCACACCUGGGACACCCCCCACCCUUCGAGAAGAAGUGCUGCAAGGGUUUCUGCAUCGACAUCCUGAAGCGCCUGGCGCGGGCCCUGGGCUUCACCUACGACCUCUACCUGGUCACCAACGGCAAGCACGGCAAGAAGAUCGACGGCGUCUGGAACGGCAUGGUGGGCGAGGUGUUCUACCGGCGCGCGGACAUGGCCAUCGGCUCCCUGACCAUCAACGAGGAGCGCUCCGAGAUCAUCGACUUCUCCGUGCCCUUCGUGGAGACCGGCAUCAGCGUCAUGGUGUCCCGCAGCAACGGCACCGUGUCCCCCUCCGCCUUCCUGGAGCCCUACAGCCCGGCCGUGUGGGUGAUGAUGUUCGUCAUGUGUCUCACCGUGGUGGCCGUCACCGUCUUCAUCUUCGAGUACUUCAGCCCCGUGGGCUACAACCGGAGCCUGGCCAGUGGCCAGCGCGCGGGGGGCUCCACCUUCACCAUCGGCAAGUCCAUCUGGCUGCUGUGGGCGCUGGUGUUCAACAACUCGGUGCCGGUGGAGAACCCCAAGGGCACCACCAGCAAGAUCAUGGUGCUGGUCUGGGCCUUCUUCGCCGUCAUCUUCCUCGCCAGCUACACCGCCAACCUGGCCGCCUUCAUGAUCCAGGAGGAGUACGUGGACACCGUGUCCGGCCUCAGCGACCGCAAGUUCCAGCGGCCCCAGGAGCAGUACCCCCCGCUCAAGUUCGGCACGGUGCCCAACGGCAGCACGGAGAAGAACAUCCGCAGCAAUUACCCGGCCAUGCACAGCUACAUGGUGCGCUACAACCAGCGCGGCGUGGAGGACGCGCUGCAGCACCUCAAAACCGGGAAGCUGGACGCCUUCAUCUACGACGCGGCCGUGCUGAACUACAUGGCCCGCAAGGAGGAGGGCUGCAAGCUCGUCACCAUCGGCUCCGGAAAGGUCUUCGCCUCCACCGGCUACGGCAUCGCCCUGCAGAGGGGAUCCCGCUGGAAACGCCCCGUGGACCUGGCCCUGCUGCAGCUGCUGGGGGACGACGAGAUCGAGAUGCUGGAGCGGCUGUGGCUGUCGGGGAUCUGCCACCAGGAGAAGCUGGAGGUGAUGAGCAGCAAGCUGGACAUCGACAACAUGGCCGGGGUGUUCUACAUGCUGCUGGUGGCCAUGGGGCUGAGCCUGCUGGUCUUCGCCUGGGAGCACCUGGUGCACUGGAAACUGAGGCACCUGGGCACGCCCGGCCGGCUGCGCUGCCUGCUGGCCAUCAGCAGGGGCAUGUACAGCUGCUGCAGCUGCCACCACCAGGAUGAUCUGUGCCACCCUGUCCCCAAGGGUGACACCACGGCCACCAACACAGCCCCAGGGGACAGCUCUGGGUGA